GCACACUCGCUAGCCAACCGUCCUUGGGCGAACAAUCUUGCACGAUUGCAUAACGCGAUCGCGAAGGCAAGACCCCUUCGCGCUAUGACUCUUUCGCGCGCCGAGAUCAGUUUCCGUUCUUAACCCGUAGCGUGCGGAUCGUGCGCAAUGGCUUCGAAUGCGGUUUUUGCGAUGCUGCUUCUCGUCGUCUUAGUCGUGUGGGGGAUUCCCCGAGAUUGUGCCGGUCAAAGGUACGCAAUGCUUGCCCCUCGUACGGUGCGGCCUCACACCGCCUAUGAACUGAUGGUGAGCAAUUUAGGAUCUGGAACGGAGCAAUUUAUGUAUGAAAUUGUUACCGCAAAUGAUACGGUUGUUGGAGCAACAUCUGUGGAGGUGAAGCCGAAGGAACUGCGGAAGGUUGAAGUGUCUCUUAAUAGUUUGAAGGAAGGGCAUUACCAGCUCAAGGUUUGGGAAAAGCAAAAGCAAACCUUACUAAACACAACUUCAUUGGAACGCAUCGACCGGAGCUAUUUGGUGCUGUUUCAGACUGAUAAGCCUGCAUACAAACCGGGCGAUAGGGUGCAGUUUCGCGUGCUGUUCCUGCUGCCGGACACCAAACCGGUGGGGCAAAGUGUUAGGCCAACGAUCUUCAUCGCCGAUCCAGACCGGGUUCGCAUGAAACAGUGGAACGGUGUGUCGCUUUCCAGCGGCGUUUUCGAGGGAAGCUUUCAGCUGGCUGAGUACACAUCGUUUGGCCGGUGGAUAAUCACUGCCUGCGUGAAUGAGCAGAUUUACAAAGAUACGUUCAGUGUAGAGGAGUACACACUGCCACUGUACAGGGUGCAGGUGCAAAGCAUACCGAAGGCAUACUUUCAAUGUGAUGAACCUAAAAUGUCUCUCAAGUUGAGCGCGUCUUUCGUGCACGGAGGAUCAGUGCGGGGCAAUGCGACGGUUGUCGUGCGGGCCAAUUACAACAAUUAUCCGUCCCAGACAAAGGAAGUGGCACGCAAAGAACUCUUCAUCAACGGAACAGCUAUUGUGGACUUUCCAACGGACGUCGUUGCCAAAUCCUGUGACGAAGAGCGUAACGUUUGGUUCGAUGUGAUCGUUACCGAGAGUUCGACGGGCGUUAGCUACAAUACGACCUGCUCCUACACGGUACACAAUGCUGGAGGUGUCACGAUGGAGGUGCUCGAUGGCAACGAAGCAUUCUAUCCGGGGCUGGCGAUGCGAUUAAUGGUGAAGCUUGCAACGAUUGAUGAGAAACCGCUUGUGAAUCAACCUGUUACAGUUCGCUACAAAGUGCUCGACGAAGAUCGAAAUGACAUUGACGAAGUGGCGCCAAGUAUAUUGUCGCUGCAGACAAACGCAAACGGAGUCUUCAGGGUUGCAAUCAAUACGACUACGAGCACGGCAGAAGUUACUGUGGAGGGUGUGUACAGGAAUCAUAUUUUCCCUCUCGUCUUCGCGUAUCCUAUGUACGAGGAAAGGAGUCUUGAAUAUCUUGCAAUAACUACACGACAGGCAUACUGUAUCGUCCGUCGAAACAUCACGGUUGAUGUUCAUUCAAACGUUAGGAUUGAUCGUAUCUACUACGUUGGCUACUGCCAUGGUAAAGUAUGUGCAAGUGGUGUUCAGAAAUCGGCCACUCGGGUCAAUACUCAUCAUCUGACGCUAACAUCAAGCCCGCAGAUGGCACCACAGAUGAAGUUGUUAGCGUUCGCCGUCAAGGAGGAUGGAAAGAUAUUGAGUUCUUCGAUCAUUAUAAGAUUUCUGUCCUCCAGUAGCAGUGCGCUUAACGUUACAGAACAUUUGAUGGAACCAAACUCGGAUAGGUACUCCUUCAAUAUACUCGCGGAAAAGGACGCCUUUGUUGGUUUGUUGGGCGUUGAUGAGCGUAUAAAGCAUAGAACUAGCUCAAACAAUGAUAUAACUCAACAAAAGUGGGAAAAAAUGUUGCAAUCUCUAGAAGGGACAUUGGGCACAUGGUCAUCGUAUGAUAGUUUUGGGAGUGUUGGAGUUACGCUGCUGACGGAUGGGUAUCUUCCGGAUGUUGGAUUCAUUCCACACUCUUUUGGUGAGCUGGCACGAACUACUUCAACCCUGGACGAGGAUGACAGUGUUAGAGAAGACUUUCCUGAAACGUGGCUGUGGGAAUCGAUAAAAGCGAAGAAUGGCCAAACAUCCAUCGAAAAAUCACUUCCCGACACCAUAACGACCUGGGUGGUGAGCGGUUUUUCCGUUGGUCCCGUUAAUGGAUUGCAGAUCUUGAAGAAGCCGCUUCAAAUCAAAUCACAAAAGCGUAUCUUCGUACAGCUUCACAUGCCACCAUCGAUCAAACGGUUCGAAGAGGUCAGCGUUCACUGUCUCGUUCACAAUUAUGGUAAAGCGAUCAACGUGUCGUUGGAGGUGCGUCCUACGAUGAAAAUAACGCCUCUUUACCUUGCACAAGGAGCAACGGAAAAUGUACGAGUUAGUGUCAGUUCAAGCAGUGUUGGUGAACUCACGUUAGAGGUGUUUCUUCGCGAUUCGAAGGGGAAAGUGCUAGAUUCUGUGCGACAAUCGAUUCCAGUUCGUCCUGAAGGUUUAAUACGUACGGUAGAAGAUGUCCGGGUGCUAGAUUUUCCUCAACAGAGCAAGUUAACGUUCAAUCUAGCAUUACCACCCGUUGAACAGAAUCGUGAUGUAAAUUACAGAGAGGUUACUCUUUCGGUCGUAGGAACCUUCCUUAAUCUUAACAUGUUUGAUUUGGAGCACAUGGUUCGAUCGUCACAUGGCAACGGGGAAGAGACCUUACUCUUCCUCCAGACAACGAUGGCUGUUUACGAUUAUUUGAAAAGGGCUAACCUUUUAUCACCCGAUACGAAGAAAAAGCUUUUUUCGUACAUGGAUGUUGGCUACCAGCAGCUUUCUAGAUAUCGGUUGGAUGAUGGAUCAUUUAGUAUGUUUGGAAAUUUGCACGAGUGCGGUGGUGUUUGGUUUACAGCGAGCACCGUUCAAGCUCUCAGGAAGCUAAUCAUGUACGAAGCUAUUCCAGUAGAAAUUGAUUUCCUAAAUGAUGGACUAAACUGGCUCAUGCUGCAAAGCGGCAAGGAUGGUAGUUUCAAUGAAAGCUGCCCGAUCGCACAUCCCCACAUACAGCGUACCGGAGGAAAGGAGCUAUCACUUGCGAGUAGCGUUAUGUUUGCAUUUGUUGGAAAGGAGUUUUCAAGGGAAUAUAAACAAUUCAUCAACAAAACGAUCUCCCUACUACUAGCCUCUCCUAUUAAUGAUGUCUACUUAUUGGCAAAAACGACCUAUCUACUUACACUCAUAAACCACCCAGACAGUGCAAGAAUGCUUGCGAAGCUUAACUCGCUGGCUAUUGUGGAUGGAAAGUAUCGCUACUGGAGUGUCUCGGGAGGCGAUCCUCGAUCGUCUCCGGAAAAGCGCGACCAAGAAGCAACUGCUUAUGCGCUUCUUGCUAACAUCAAACGAAACGCUAUCAAUCACGAAGAAAUGAUACGCAUUGCCCAAUGGCUUCAAAAGCACACAUUCGCCGGUGAUCGUUCUGUAGCUUCGUUGGAGAGGAUCGUCGCAUUAGAAGCACUCGCAGCGUUGGCACACAAAAUCCCCACCACCAUGCCCAACAUGUACAUCGAGGCAGGAGGGCACAAGUUUGAGAUUAAUGCAACCAACAGGGAACUAUUACAAACUGUUCAGCUUCCCCAGGGCACAACCGGUGUGCGUGUAUCAGCGAGAGGUACGGGUUUGGUGUUGAUGAAGCUGUCCGUUCGGUAUAGUUUGGCGAGUAAAAAUGCAACUAGAACCGAACCGAGUAACGUAUCAAAUAGUGAGAAGAUUGGGGUGAACAUUAAGAAGAGACAGGUUGAAAAUCAUAAGCUAGCGUUAUACCUUUGCUUUACCCUGCUUAAGCCACUCCUGUUUUACGAGCCAGAACUUUGGAAGGUUGAAGUGGAUCUCCCCACUGGGUACGAGAUAGAAGGACAGGAGGAGCAUUACCAUAAUAGUACUGAAAGUGCUAUUGUGCUGGAAAAUAAAUCUCACCUAGAGCUCGUCUGGAACGUUAGGCAGGUGUCGCAAGUUUGCUAUCCAAUUGUAGCAAUAUCUCGUUGGAGCUUCGUCGAUAUUGUAACAGGAUUGCUCUAUUUGACCUCGUUUGAUACAAAAGAUACUGUAGCUGUCUACGCCUUUUAAUCGAGCUUGUUAACACUAUUAUCUGUAAAAAUACACAGCAAAAAAUGUAAAUCUAAUAAA